AGUAUUGGAACGACGAACGACAGAGAAAUGGCGUUGUUAUUGUUUUGCUGACAGUCUAAAGACGACCAUGCAGUCAAUUAAAAAAGCCUUUAAAGCCAUUGGAAAUGGGUUUUUCAACAACCUGGUUGAAAGAUCUAUUAAGGUUUAUAUUCAGAAACAUUUGGGAGAAUUUCUCCUUCACAAAUUAUCUACAGACCAAGUGGACGUUGGUCUCGAUGGAGGAUCCUUCGCAAGCCUCUAUCUGGACCCUGAGACUAUCAAUAGCCGCUUGGAGUCUAUAAAUGCUCCAUUCACUCUAGUGGAAGGCUAUGUGGACAUCGUCCACCUGAUGAUACCAUGGCAGCAGCUCCCCUCCAAGUCCAUCAUUGUGGAGAUUGAUGGCCUAAUUCUGACAGUACGACUUACAGAAGAGGAGCAAGAUGAUGGUAUGGAUGUAAAGUCAAUGCUGGACAGCAUGAGUGCCUCAAUGGUGGAGGAAAUGUUGAAGUCUAAAGAGGCAAAUGGCGAUAUUGAGCAGAUUGCUGAUGGAGGGAAAGGAGCCACACCUUAUGAAACCGUGGAGUUUAUGUCUGAUUUCAUCACAUCAAUCAUGACUCGGAUACAGGUGAAGCUUGAGAAUGUCAACAUUAUGGUAGAGAAGUCACCUGGGAUUCAAGUAGACUUGACCAUUGACAGGCUCCAUGUUUAUGAUGAACAGUCGGUCUCUGCCCAGUGGAAGAGAGACAAUGGUGUUCCGGAGGCUGAAGGUUUCUCCACAAAGAUUGUGGAGGUUUCCAAUGUGGCUGUAUAUGUGGUAGAAAUGCCAUCCCAAAAGCCAGACCCACCACAGACCAUGGACCAGGAUCAGUACUCUGCUGCU